GUGAAUCAAUAUGGCGGCGAUGACCGUGAGAGCUGUCAGUGCUGCUGCUCACUGUUGACCUCACUCACUCCUCACUACCCACACUUGCAUGUAUUAUAGCCACAGUUGGGUAAAAUGAUGGACACAGUCAUGGGGUUUUCAGUACAUAUGGACUUUGAGGGACAGAAACUGGCCGAGAGGCUGUUCCAGAUUAUUGUGGUUGCAUUUGGUGCUGGUGGUUGGCUGUAUGGAUACUACGUACAAGACUUCUUCAUCACUGUUCUUACUCUUGGUGCUGGCUUUGUUCUGGCGUGUUUGGUAACAUUACCACCAUGGCCUAUCUACCGACGAUAUCCCCUCAAGUGGGCUCCACCUGAAGACGCUGCAGCUUCAACCUCUGCCUCUGAAACAGCAACAGGCAAGAAGAAAAAGAAAUAAGCUGAAAAAAUUUCUAAUGGCUUGCUAAAUUUAUGACAUUGAAAAUGUAAUUUUUUUUUUAUGGAUAGUUUUUUUUUAUUUAUUUGAUUUUGGCAUUUCUUCAUUAAAACAGUCAGGUAAUAUCAAGAUUUAUUUUUUUUUUUUUUGGUCACAAAAGUUGUGUUUAUUCAAGCCUUAGUGAGAGCAACCUGUUUUGCCAUUAGUUAUCCAACAAUUAUUUGGCAUAUUGGACAAGCAACUGGUAUAUACUGUAAUCGAUAGCUAGGAUAUACCAUGCUGUAACACUUUCUAUGUAUUGUAGAGUUACUUCUUUUUAAUUGUUAUUGGGCUUGAAUGUUUUGUACUAAACUAAUAAGAUAA